AUGAAGCUUGAGUUGGGAAAGAAAUGUUUGUUAGAGCAUUUCGAGUUUAAAGUUGAUAGAUCAUCUAAGACACGGUAUGAAGUGUCAUGCAAGGGUGAUGGUUGUGAAUGUCGAUUUAAGGCUAACCCAAAGGUUUUGGGUCACUUUUUAAAGGAACAACUAAAAGAUAGUGGUAGGAUAUAUCGAGCGAAAGAGAUUGUUAAAGAUUUUAGACAAAGAUUCGAGGUUGAGAUAACAAACCUUCAAGCUUGGCGUGGUAAAAGCCAUGCACUUGAACUUCUACAAGGAACAACCCAAGACUCUUUUGCCAAACUACCAAUAUACUGUUACAAUUUGAAGCUUGCAAAUCCUGGAAGAGUUACUCACAUCUUGGUUGAUGAGCAGAGUCGUUUUGAAAUGGUUUUUGUUGCUUUAGGUGUUGCGAUUCGUAGCUUUAUGUUUAAUCUAAGACCGGUCGUUAUCAUUGACGCGGCAUACCUAAAGGGUGAAUUUAAAGGGACGUUGUUUUUAGCAGUGGCCAUGGAUGGAAAUAAUCAUAUUUUACCAAUUGCUUAUGGCAUUGGAAAAUCAGAGGAUGGUGAAUCUUGGACAUGGUUUCUCUCAAAGCUUAGAGACUGUGUUGGUGAAAUAGCAGAUAUGGGGAUCAUUUCGGAUAGGGCGAAUUCUAUACAUGUAGGUGUUAGAAACGUGUUUCCACGUGUUUACCACGGGUUGUGUUGUCGUCAUUUAAUGAUGAAUUUACGUUUGCCGUCGUCUAAAAAAAAAGAAAACGAGGCACUAUGGUGGAAGACAUGUAAAUCUUAUCGGAUGUCUGAUUUCAACGAGUCAUUCAAUGCCUUGUGUCUUGUCGUUCCUAGAAUACGCCAGGUUCUAACAAAUAUUGGGUUUGGUAGAUGGGCAAGAGCUCAUUGUCCCGGCAAUCGAUACCACUAUAUGACAUCUAAUAGUGCGGAGUCUAUUAACUCUUUGUCUAGAUUCUCGCGUAAGAUGCCGAUAACGCAACUUAUCGAAUUCUUCCAUGAGUCCGUACAAAAAUGGUUUUAUGAACGUCGACUGCAGGGCAUGCAGGAGAGCCACUCACUGACUCACUGGGCACAGAAGAAAAUUUUAAAGAAAAUUGAAGGGUCUAGAACUUGGACUGUUGCAGGCAUCGGGGCAAACAGUUUUCUUGUUGAAGACGGUGGGAAAAGGGGUUUAGUUGAUUUUUUGAAUCGUUCGUGCAGCUGCCGUGUCUGGCAAGUUUCUGGUCUACCUUGUGGGCAUGUGAUUGCUGUUUCAAGAUUUUUGGGUGAACAUGACUGCAUUCAUCAUGCAUUCUCGUGUUAUUCAAACGAAGUAUACAAAAAAACGUAUGAAGAAUCGAUUAAUCCUCUGCCUCAUAGGUCUGAAUGGGUGAUACCAGAAGGCCUUGGCAGUGUAUUACAGCCGCAUAUUACAAAACGUCAAUCUGGUCGUCUAAAAGAAAACACUCGAAUCUUGUCUCGUGGGGAAGAGCCCGUUCAGGUAUAUUGUUCGCGGUGUCGAACAUACGGCCAUGUUCGUGACGUUUGUUUAGAUCCAAUGCCAUCACAGAUUCGUUCACGUAAAUCAUCAGGCAAAGGAAAAGGGAAAGAGAUAGAAACCCAGAGUCCAACGGAUGACAUUUUUCCAUCUUAUAAUUUAGCAGAAUUUUAA